AAAGUGAAGCUCAUACAAAUUUAUGGUACAGUUUAGGUUUAGGUACAGUUCAGUGCUGACUGUGAACAAGCGGGAUUUAAAAAGCCCUGGCAACCUCGAGCCGGUGCCUGACGUCACACAAUUGAAGUUGAUUAGACAAUUCGUGACAGAAACAUGACCAUGCCAGUAUCAGGUAAGACAUCACAUGUGAUGCCUCCUUCGGGUCAGUACCUAUCUGAACCUGUGAACAUGAUCGUCAGUCAGAAGGGAUGUGACCAAGCUCAGGUGAUCAACCUUAUGGAAAUGACCAAGGUUGAAUACACACACCUUCAGCACCUCAUUCAAUCCCAUAUGAUAGCUCAGGACGGUGCCGAAGAGGUCCAGGGAAAUCCACCGUCUUCUAAAGACUGCGAGAGUGAAAAGAGCUGCAAGAUGUCUCCAUCUCCAUACACGUCACCUGCGUGUCAUCCAGAUGCAUCUUCUUCAUCCUCUUUAGCCACAGAUGAGCUGUUUGUUUCGGUACCUAAUAACCAGGGACCAGAAGACAGUAAGGAAGUUAAAAUGCUGCUUUACAGUGAUGUGAGUAACACCAGUUGUUUAGGACAGAGCACUCCACUCUGCAGUGGUGAGGUUCCCAGCUCCGAGGAGACAAACAUCAGGUCUAUCAGGGAAGCAGUAAGAGAGAGAAACCGAAUGGACCUUGGUUCAAGACCUAACCCACCCGCACGGGUUUGUUUGGAGAAGAGAUUCGCUUGCAACUCGAGCGAUUUAACCGAAAAACAGGGAGCACAGGCUGCAGUACUGAAUACAUUUUUGUCGAUACUUUGCAACUCUACGGACAUCACAGGUAUCGCAGUUCAUUCACAGGCAGAAGUGAGUUCUGAAGCAGAGAAGUCGGCUGUAGUAGUGCAUUCAUACGCAGGCAAUCAAGGUAAUUGCUGUCAGCUGGUGGAUUGCAGCAAACAUCCUGAAGACAACGCAUCCAAGAAGCUGAGCAUCAGUAAGACUGCUGACUCCGUGCCAAGUUCCCCGUAUAUCAUAUACACCGACACGACUAACGAGGAGCUGGUCAUUAACAUUGAAAAUGACAUAAUUCAAAAAGCCAUGAAGCGAGCCAAGAGGCAGGGAGCCCGAAAAUUGCAAGUCCGGGAUCGAAAUAUAAUACAGGGGCCAGGAAAAUGGAAACUGGACAGCACUCUGCCUGCCGGUAAAUCGGGUGGGACAGCCCGACCUCCUAUAAAGGUUAAUCAGCGUAAAGAGAAACACAACUUCAAAGAGAGAGACCGCAGGAAAAGAAUUCGUCUGUGUUGCAAUGAGCUGAACACGUUGGUACCGUACUGCAACUCUGAUACGGACACAGCCACAACGCUUCAGUGGACAAUCGCCUAUCUCAAAUACAUCAGAGAGAUCUACGGAGACUCCCUAAAACAGGGCUUUCAGAAAACGUUCUGCGGGACAACCGGUGUCCGGAUCAAGCCGAGCUGUGCCGACGAUGCCACAAAAUGUGAGAAUGCAACAUCCAAGGAGUGACUUACUGUAUCUGCAACUAAUUUUGCAUUAGUAAUCCUUGUUUUUAUUUAGUCUUCGACGAUACAGUCUGAUCUAUUGUUUAAUUUAUUCCUAUUUAACAAGGCUACGAUACAGGGUCUACAUUUAAAAAAAAAAGAAAAAAAAGAAUAUAAUUGUUUAUAUAACAUAUAGAAUAUAUUUAUUUCUUUUAUAUUCUUAUAUACACGCCGUCACAAAGCGUACGGUUUAGUCUAGCCCGUAACUUACCCAUAAAAUUAGUUCUUACAGUAGUUUCUGACUUCCUGUGUGUGGACCUUUCGCAUAUAUCACAGCAUAGAUGGUGUUGUUUUUCCAUAAAACAGUUCCAAAGCACAAUUUAGCUUCAUCAUAUUGUUAAAUCUUCGAAAAUUAAACGUGCGUGUUCUGUUAAGGCUUGUAUUUCUGUGCAUAUAUUAAUAAAUAUAUAGUAUUUCAAAAGGAAAAAAAAA